UUCCUGAGGCCUCUUCCACCAUGCAGAGGCUGAUGAGGCUCCAAGUCCUCUGGGGCAUCCGCAAAUCCUACCAUGGCUUUCACCCUGCCCCUUGGUACCUUUGCUGCCGGUCUUUAUCAGGAGCUGGAACCCUGAGAUGGAAGGACUACGAUAGACCUAAGGAAUUUAACUUUGCAAGUGAUGUCCUGGACUAUUGGACUCAAAUGGAGCAGGAGGGCAAGAGAGGUCCAAACCCAGCCCUGUGGUGGGUGAAUAAUCAAGGUGAUGAAGUGAAGUGGAGUUUCAGAGAGAUGACAGACUUAUCCCGCCGUGCAGCCAAUGUCCUCACCCAGACCUGCGGCCUGCAGCAGGGAGACCGUCUAGCCUUGAUCCUGCCUCGAGUGCCCGAGUGGUGGCUGGUGGUCAUAGGCUGCAUCCGAGCAGGAAUAAUCUUCAUGCCAGGAACCACCCAGAUGAAAGCGAAGGACAUUCUCUACCGAUUACAAGUGUCUAAAGCCCAGGGCAUCAUGACCACAGAUACCCUUGCCCCAGAGGUGGAUUCCCUAGUUUCUGAGUGUCCUGCUCUGAAAACAAAGCUCCUGGUGUCUGACCAUAGCCGUCAUGGGUGGCUGGACUUCAGAUCGCUGAUUAAAUCAGCAUCCCCAGAUCACACCUGUAUUAAGUCAAAGACGCUAGACCCAAUGGCCAUCUUCUUCACCAGUGGGACAACAGGCCUUCCCAAGAUGACGAAACACAGUCACGGACUUGCCUUGCGAUCCUCUCUGCCUUCAUGCAGGAAAUUUCUACAACUGAAGACAUCUGAUGUCUUGUGGUGCAUUUCGGACCCAGGCUGGAUUCUGGCUGUCUUGGGGUGCCUAUUUGAACCAUGGACAUCAGGGUCUACACUCUUCAUCCAUCAUCUGCCCCAGUUUGACCCCAAGGUCAUUCAACAGACAUUGUUCAAAUACCCCAUCACCCUGUGCCUUGCUGUGCCAGCUGUGUAUCGAAUGAUUCUACAGCAGAUUUCUACCAGUCUCAGGUUCCCUGCCCUGGAGCACUGCAUUACUGGUGGGGAGGCUCUGCUGCCAGAGGAGCAAGAGGAGUGGAGAAGACGGACAGGCGUUCUGCUCUCCGAGAUCUAUGGACAGUCAGAAACAGGAAUAAGUUGUGGCACUUUACGGGGAAUGAAGAUCAAGCCAGGUUCCAUGGGGACAAGUAUCCCCCCCUUUGACAUCCAGAUCAUUGAUGAGAAGGGCAACAUCCUGCCGCUCAACACUGAAGGCAACAUUGGCAUCAGGAUCAAGCCAACCAAGCCCAUGGGCCUCUUCAUGUGCUAUGAGGACAACCCAGUAAAGACUGCAGAAGUGGAGUGUGGGGACUUUUACAACACUGGGGAUAGAGCAACUAUGGAUGAAGAGGGCUACAUAUGGUUCCUUGGGAGGAAUGAUGACAUCAUCAGUUCCUCUGGGUACCGAAUCGGGCCAACAGAGGUGGAGAAUGCCCUGGCCGAACAUCCAGCAGUGGCGGAAUCAGCUGUGGUGGGCAGCCCAGACCCGAUUCGAAAGGAGGUGGUGAAGGCAUUUAUUGUCCUGACCCCGGAAUUCCUCUCCCGUGACCAGGACCAGCUCACCCAGGAGCUGCAGCAACAUGUGAAGUCAGUGACAGCCCCAUAUAAGUACCCGAGGAAGGUGGAAUUUGUCUCAGAGCUGCCCAAAACCAUCACUGGCAAGAUUAAGAGAAGUGAACUGCGGAAAAAGGAGUUUGGUCAGAUGUAAUCAGCACACUCAGAAACCACUCUAUAAUCUUGACCAAAUCCCUGGCUGCCUCAGUUUCCCCGCUAUGGAGAGGGUGAGGAGGGGAAUGUAGAGCACUGUUUUGCAAGAGCAUCAGGAGUGCCCAUGUUCUAGCAUUUUUGUUCUCUUAAAUGAAUAUGUUAUUUUCUUCCCUCCACAUCCCUGGGUAAGUGCUCCAAAUGUAGUCUGGUAAUAAAACAUUGACAUGAGCAUCCGA